AUGUGCACCGGGAGCUGUGCCAAGUGCCUGGGGGGCACCCUCAUCCCCCUGGCUGUGCUCGGCUUCCUGGCCAACAUCCUCUUGUUUUUCCCUGGGGGGAAGGUGAUAAACAACAAUAACAACCUGUCGGAUGAGGUCUGGUACUUCGGAGGCAUUAUAGGAAGUGGAGUCCUGAUGAUAUUCCCCGCGCUGGUCUUCUUGGGCCUGAAGAACAAUGACUGCUGUGGCUGCUGCGGCAAUGAGGGCUGCGGGAAGCGGUUUGCGAUGUUCACCUCCACCAUAUUUGCCGUGAUCGGAUUCUUGGGCGCUGGUUACUCCUUCGUCAUCUCAGCGGUCUCCAUCAACAAGGGGCCUAAGUGCCUUACGAGUAAUAGUACCUGGAGCUACCCCUUCCAGAGCGGGGACUACCUCAACAACCAGGACCUCUGGAGCCAGUGCCUAGAGCCCCCCGACGUGGUCCCCUGGAACCUGACCCUCUUCUCCAUCCUGCUGAUCAUCGGCGGAGUGCAGAUGGUCCUCUGUGCCAUCCAGGUGAUCAACGGCCUCCUGGGCACCCUGUGCGGGGACUGCCAGUGCUGCGGCUGCUGCGGGGGUGAUGGACCAGUGUAA